AUGUGGAACAACGUUGAAGAUGAAAGUCCUCAAGAUUUUAUCAACUAUCCAUCAGAUAUGUUGCUGUAUUACAGCUACACCAACAUACAACAGACCAACUGCAGAUCCUACUUCACUGAAACAGGAAGAGCAGACUUCUCCGUCCUGUCCAGCACGUUGGAUGGAAGAAAGGUUGAGCUACUGAACAAUGCCAAAAAGUGCCUGAACAUCCAAGGGACACAGCUCAGUCGAGAUCAUGUCGAGGUCCUGGGCAACAUGGCCUGUACUCUGGAUGAGAACUACAUUCAGAAUUCUGACUUUUACAUCCUGGAGAAACUAAAGAAAUGCAAUGACUUCUCAGAUGAGCAGAUUACAGCUAUGGAGAAUGUUAUCUGCAGUGGCAACACCACAUAUGGAAACCCAAGUACAUGGAAUGUGACCACUCUAGAACAGCUUGACAUUCUUCCACUGUACUUAAGAGAAAACUUCUGGAGACACAUCAGCACGCAAAAUAAAAGCAUGUUCCUGAAGAAAUUCAUGAAAAGACUGCGUACAAACAAGACAGAGAAGAGGAAACUGAAGAAGCUGUUCAAAGCAUGCACCGUGUCUUUGAGAUCCAAACGAAGCACUGUAAAUGCAUGUCCAGACUCCCUUGGCAACAUUACUCAAGUGACCAUAAGCGAUGACGCGUUCCCCUUUGGGUACGAGACCACCACGUUCAACCACUGUCUGAGCGCCCAAGUAGUAAUGGACAAUCUGGCCAGCCUGACUGAGAAGAUAGAUGAUGAUGGCAUGCAACAGGUCAUUUUGGAGAAGCUACACCAGGCGUACCCCGAAGGUCUCUCAGACCAGCAGGUUCAGGUGCUUGGGUCGGUGUCUCGUGUGGCCUCCAUAGAGCAGAUCAACAAGUGGAACAUCACUACAGUGGACACACUGGCAGCACUGAUGGACAAUGACAAUGGAGAAUGGGACUCUGGCAAAGUAGGGAUAUUUAACUUUACACCAACAACGUCUUUAAAUGGUGUUUAA